AUGACCACCGUCCUUAACAACUUUUCUCUUUUUCAGACACAAUCGCCCACCUUGUUAUCAAGCGGUCGUAUUCGUCUUUUUUCUCCAGAGGGCGACCGUAGCGCUCUAGCGACGAUUUCGCUGGAGACAACGGCUGCCGAUUUGGCUAAAGCCUAUGAUGUGGACUCAAUUUACCUACAGAUAGGGAAUCUGCAUAUCCGGAGCCUAUCACCAUCGGCUCGACCGCUGUAUAUACUUCGCGAGUUCCUCUCAUCUCUAGGGCACUCAGAGAGCGCCAUUCGAACUAGAGGCACAGAGCUGCGAUUUCGGCAUCUGAUCGCAUUUUUCCUCGGAACAGGUGAAGACGACGUGGUGAGCUUGUCACGAUGUCGUGUCGACGUGUGCGAAUCACGACGCGGUCGAUGUCUUCGUAUUCAGCACUCUGCUUCCGUCAUUCUACUGCACUUUGACGAUCCAGAAGCUCUCGCUCUUUGGUCGACUAGAUGCCGACAGAGUGGGCAACGGAAUGUAUGCGAUCUGAGCGAUCGAAAGCUGACACUCCUUCCCGAAUCGCUGUUGUGUUCAGAAUCAUGGGAGGUACGACAGCUGAAUCUCAGGCGGAACUCGCUUCGUGUCAAAGUCACACUUGAUCAGUCACCAGUUCAAGUUGGUUGGUUGGAUGAUUUGAGCCGGCUCACAUCGCUCACAUGCCUCGAUCUGUCAUCAAACCGUCUUUCUGUCUUUCCUACCUCAAUCGCUCAAUUGCCAAAUCUUCAGAAAUUGAAUCUUUCGUCCAACUGUAUUCAGACAAUUCCACCAAGUGUGAGGCUAUUAAGGCGACUGGCAUUGUUUGAUCUAGAAAAUAACUGGAUCAGCACGCUGCCACCUCAACUGGUCGAAUGCGAGCAACUCUGCUGGCUCAAUCUUCGAUUCAAUCGAAUCAAACAAGUGCCGGAAGAAAUUCUCAUUCAUCUACCUCACCUAGGAGAAUGGGCUUUGGCUGGAAAUUAUAUCGAGAAUUUGGAUGUCGAUGGGCCUGUUCAUAUCUUCAAGGUGAGCUUACUUCAGGGACAAUUGAACUGCUCGAAGAGCGGGCAUACUGCGUUGGUACUGAAGCAGAUGUGCGGCUUAUAUGCCACAAUUCUCGUGGUAGCUAUAUAA